AUUCUAAUCUACUUGUCGAUUACUUGAUCAAAUAGUGAUAUAAGUGUUACUUAUUGAACGAAAGAUAACGUGAUUAACAUUAUGUACAAAGAUUUUGUUUUGCAUCCAAAGAACGUAUACAUAGUUUGAGGCAUUCAGCGGCACUGUGUAUCAACCGGCAGAACGAUAAUGGUGUUUAACAACAAACUACUUGAAAUGUAACAGAACGCGCCGAAUUAUCUCAUAAUUGAGGGCAAUUUAUUUUUUAUUCUUUCCUUAUUUAAUAACGUUGCUAUGAAUCCAAAUCGUCGGCAGAGGUAACCUUUUAAGCAAGAUUCGUGAUUUUUGAGCGGUCCACGUGUUUGGAUUACUGUUAACUGGAAAUUCAAAUAACCAUGACUUCAGAAUUAUCCAUAGCACAACCAGCAAAAUCCAAUGGAGGGAUCCAACUCAAAAAAGAGCUGGGUUUAUUUUCGGCUGUCAACUUUAUAUUAGCCAUUAUGAUUGGUUCAGGAAUAUUCGUAUCGCCUGCUUCGGCUCUAAAGUACUCAGGUUCGGUUGGAAUGUGUUUAGUGGUAUGGGUAACAUGCGGGCUCAUAUCACUUCUAGGUGCAUUGGCGUAUGCAGAGCUAGGUCCACUAGUGCCGCGAUCUGGUUCAGAAUACGCGUAUUUUGUAGACUCGUUUGGACCUCUUCACAAAUUCUGGGGCCACCUGCCAGCUUUCGUGUAUUCUUGGAUCAUGAUUUUAGUAAUAAGACCAGCAGAGGUGGCUAUAUUGGUUUUAACUUUUUCACAGUAUCUCUGUCAACCGAUUCUUGAUAUGUUAUGUAUGGAAGAUCCUGUACAUGCCGAUAGGAUGAUCAAGAGUUUAGCACUAGCAGCUUUAGGUAUCAUAACGUACAUCAACGCCACCAGUGUGAAAAUGUACGUCAAUUUGCAAAACGUUUUUGGAUUCUUCAAAAUUCUCGCCUGCCUUGUAGUUAUAGUAGGAGGACUAUACGAAAUAAUUUUGGGAAACACAAUGAACCUCUCAAAUGGUUUUGAGGGAACAUCAACUUCUCCGAAAGAUAUUGCUCUAGCAUUUUACUGUGGUUUGUGGGCAUACGAUGGAUGGUCAGGAGUAACUAUUGUCACAGAGGAAAUAAGGAGACCCGAAGUAAAUAUCCUCCGGAGCAUCCUGAUUGCAGUGCCGAUAGUGACCAUACUAUACGUAUUCAUGAACGUUGCUUACAUGAGUGUACUAACCCAGCAAGAGAUGAUCACUGCACAUGACCAGCAACAAGCUGUGGCAGUACUAUUUGGUGAAAGAGUAUUAGGAUCCACAUCUUUUUUGAUUCCGCUAGGAGUUGCUCUCAGUACCUUUGGUUGCGCAUUAACCUUACAGUUUGGAGUCACCAGGCUCUGCUAUGUAUCCGGCCAAGACGGAUUUAUGCUCGAAAGUUUGUGCUAUGUUCAUUAUAAACGACUCACACCCGCACCAGCAGUCAUUUUACAAGGUCUCAUAUCUUUUGCAUUCAUUUUGGCUGGUGAUAUACAAGAACUUAUAGAGUUUGCCAGUUUUUUGAUUUGGUUCUUUUAUGGAGUUGCGAUGAUAUCACUGCUAGUUUUGCGCAAAACUAGGAAAAAUGCAAAUCGGCCAUAUAAGGUACCUGUAAUAAUACCGGUGUUCAUCCUUCUGAUAUCAAUCUAUCUGAGUGUCGCUCCAAUCAUUCUAGAGCCAUCACCCAAAUACCUUAUGGCUGUAAUUUUUAUGCUGUUUGGAGGGCUUGUUUACUACUGGUUUGUAUACCAGAAUAGAAAGCCUGAACGUUUGAUGGGCUCAGUGACGAGAUAUAUACAGCUUUUAUUUCAAGUCGUACCUCCAUCUACAGAAUCAUGAAAAAUCAUCACAAAUACUACCGACAAGACUGUAACUAGAUGUUUAAGUUAAUUAAAGUAUGUCUCUUUAUUAUUAGUCGUAUUAUUCGCGCAUAUUUGUUCAAAAAUGUGUUUGUUGAUAGCCCUAUUUUUCACGGAAAUAUACCGGGUGUUUCAAAUUCGACCGUCACCAUUGGUAUCUCGGAAGCGGUAAGAGAUACGAGGUCGCUUAAAUGAGAACAAAGCUGCCUAUUUGGGUAACUAACAAAAUGCCUCUCAGAAAGUUCCGAAAUUCAAAGUACUUCCAAAGAGAGACGAAGGGAGGUUUGAUUUGGUCUGGACAGGAUUUGUUGC